AUGGCGACUAGUGAGAGAACUCCGUUGUUAGCAGACGACAGAAUUACAUCCCCAGAGAGAAGAGAACCUCCUCCACCUUACUCCUCUGCUCCAGAGCCUACUGCUGAAUCUUUCCUUGAGGCUGCUGUUCUGUCCGUAGAAACACAUGAGUUACCUCCGCCUUACACUCCAUCUGCUCAUGGAAACAUCCCAGUGAUCAAUUGCAAAGUUUGCCAGGCUGUCAUUUGUCUCGAAGGGAGACAACACAGCUAUGUAGUGAAAUGUUCUCUUUGCGGUGAAGCUACACCGCUUAGAGCUGCACCUCUGGGGAAAAAGUACAUUCGCUGCACAUGCAAUAUUCUGUUAAUUUGUCCGUCUGGUGCCACAAAAAUUCUCUGUCCAAGAGAAAGAUGUAAAAGAGUUCUCACCUUGCCCAGGACUGGCACAGAAUCCUACAAUGUCCCUGAGGUUCCUAGAUAUGUUUGUGCUUACUGCAACCAGAUAUUUGCUCUGGAGGUCUUUACGAAGCUCACAAGAUGUCCCCACUGUAGAAGAUUAUCAUCAGUCGGACGCAAUUAUGCACGAGCCAGAGGACAUGCAUAUUUUCUGGGUGGCGUAGUCUUCCUUGGGAUGUCUGUUGCCCUCAUUAUUUUCACGUACAAUUCUGUGAGAGAUCAUAUUGGAGUGGUUGUGGCUUGGAUAAGUGGUUUCCUCCUGGGUGUCAUGUUCAUAGUCCAGUCUGUCUAUUACUACGGAGUCAGAACCAGUCCUGAGGCCUUUCCUGCUUUCAACACCUAA